ACGGUGAAUGUCAACUUGCUAUUCAGUGGAUGACUGUUGCCGUAGCUCCCCCAGAACUACUCGAGCAAAUUUAUUGCUCAUGUCGCAAGACAAAAUGCUCUACCCGAUUGUGUUCCUGUUUUUCGCGAAACAUGCGAUGUGGACCUCUUUGUAAAUGCACUGAGUGCGAGAAUGGUGAGCAAGUCUUUUCUGACCUUGUGUCUGAUGCGGUCGACGACAUCCUAAAUGGUGAUGACAGUGAUUCCGAUAUGGACGCUUACAUUUUAUAA